UAAUUAUUGGUCAGUGAGUAUCUACCAAUCGAUAGGAAUGGAUAACUUGAGUACCACGAGUCAAAAUUUCGUAUCUACUGAAAAUACAACUACGGGUAAUGCAGGCUUACCCACAGAAAGUUGGAUAGCUUUCGUUGGCUUAUGGCUUGCUGCUCUAGUUACCAUUAUUGGCAAUUCGAUGGUUAUUGCUUCGUUCAUUAUGUACCGAGACAUCAGAAACAAAGUGUCGCAUCUAUUUCUGCUAAAUCUAGCAAUCAGUGACCUGGUAAUCGGGCUGGUCAGCCUGCCUUUGGACAAUAUGUGGCGAUGGAAUGACAAUAUUUGGCCGUAUGGUAGACUUGCAUGUGUUAUAUGGACUACCAUUGACUACUCUGCUACAUCACAGUCGGCGUAUAGUAUUGUAUUAAUAUCAGCCGAUCGGUAUUUUCUCAGCAACAAGGGACUUGGAUACACAUCGUUUCAGACUAAGUCACGGGCUCUUUGCCAGGUAUGUUUGUCCUGGUUCAUUUCCGUUGGAUUCCAUUUAGCUGCAGUAAUUUGGUUCGAAAUAAUGCAGAUGAAUAGGGUUGAUUAUGACGAAGAGUGUGAAAUGAAUGCUUUACAAUUCUUGCCGUAUACAAUCCUCGCCAUGUUUGUCGAAUUUCUUAUUCCGCUUGGCAUUGUAAUUUUACUGUAUGUAUAUAUUUAUUUAAACAUUCGGACUCGUUCCAAAGAGCUUGUGACUAAAGUCAAGAGAAAACAUGUAGAUAAAGACGUCUCCAAAGACUCUGGUGUUUCCGGAGUUGAUCCGUUACCAGGUACGCUUGUGGAUACGAAGGUAUGUCCACUUCCAACCAACCAAGAAAAUACAUUACCGACAAAAAAAGAAAGAGGUCGUCGAUCAGAAACGAAAAGCAAACACUUGCAAGCUGCUAAAAUGCUUUCCAUCUUAGUGGGGAUUUUCAUCAUCUGUUGGCUACCUUAUAACAUCAUUUUAAUGAUUGAUGUUAUCACUGCUGAACAUGAGCUCAUUUCGUGGCAGGUUUGGGAUAUGGCUAAUUAUCUUCUUUGGCUUAAUUCGGCUGUUAAUCCCAUUUUGUAUGCUUAUACGAAUGUUUACUUUCGCCGGAGCUUCUAUAAUAUUCUUAGAUGGUGUCUAUCACCUUGUUGCACAUUGAAAAGAGGACGUUUUUAGUUGAAUCCUUAUUUGUAGCUUACUAUAAGACAUAUUCCCACAAUUCGUCUGUAUUAACCAUCAUUUCUAAUGGUCAUUUUAGAAUUCUCUGAAACAAAAUGUUUGUCUUAGAGGUCUAUCAAAAUCAAUAGCCAGUAGCACACCGGGAAUAGCCUGAGAUACACUGGGGAAGGGCCCGUCGCUUAGUGAACAAGUGAAUUAAGGAUACGUUUGUGCUUUUAACAAAAAUUAAACUUCAUUGGUUUCACUCCUGUAAGUUUUUUUAUGUUCGGCAGUAUAGUUGUUAUUUAGGGCCAACAUGUAUAAUAAGCCGUUCAUUACUCUUCAAUAUCGGUCAGAUUUUAUGUAUCUGAACUAUCUCUGAUAUCAGACAUAGCAAUAACAAUUUACAGUCUUGAAGUAAUUUAUAUCAAAUUUGAGAUCACCAGAUGUUUAUUAUUCAGCUAGAUAGUUUAAAAAGAAAUAAGAUGUUGGAGAAUGUCUUCGAUAAUUCAUAUUUCCCAAAAGAAAGUAGUCGCAAAAUUUGCUUUAAUCAGCAAAAUGACGAUGAAACCAAUGUAGGCCUUAGUUGGCCUUUAUUUACGAAGCAUGGUUAUAGGCGGAUAAGACGUAAAAAUAAUGCCAGAAUAUUCUAAUUCCUUACUUGAACUACAUGCAUAUAAUAAAACAUUGAGAAACUGAUGAUCUUUUGAAAAUUUGAAAUAUAUUGCCAACACUGUGUAACUUUAAACCGAAAGGUCCACUGAUUAAUCUCAGAUAAGAUAGUAUAAUACAUACUCCAAGUAUCGAAAUGCACGCCAUCGUGUCGGGAUUCAAUAUAUUGACAUUAAUUAUGUCAUCACCAGGAAAUUAUGAUAACAUAACUAAUGUCGAAAUAUUGAAUCCCGACAAGAUGGCGUACAUUUCGAUACUUGGAGUAUGUAUUGUACUAUCUUAACUGUGUAACUUUAGUCUUGAAAUUAAGAAAAAGCUAUAAUUUACACUUACUUUUGAAGGUUGACUGGAAUGUAUAAAAUAAUAUUUUAUGAAAACGUAUUUUUGUAAAUUGUAUAUAGUAAUAAUUAUAUAUAUAUACAUUAAAAUAUACAUAUACCGGUACACAUACACACACAUAUAUAUAUA